AUGUGGUUUACAACGCGACAAGACGGCCUUGAUGAUAAUUGUCAUACAAAUAGAGGACCAUGUGUUCAAAUUAGUGGGUUUUUUGGAACAACCUUAAGAAUAGGUUUUUUUUUAGAAUUCAUAGCAUUGACAUUUUUAUUUAUGGCUUAUUGGUCAAAUGGAGGAAAAGGAUUAUUUAGCUAUGAUUUAAGGAAUAUGAAGGAUGAAUAUCGCCUAGAUCAAGCAUUUAGAAAUUCUAUAACACUUUGGGCAGGCGUUUAUUUAAUUGGAGCAAUAUUUAUUAUGUCUUUUCAAGUUCUUCUUGCAGAUGACACAUGUUGGGCAAGAGGAUAUCGUGCUGGAUCAAAAAUUCUUAGAUUAGCAUCAUUUUUAGACACCAUAAGUGCAACUUUACAAUUUAUUUUUUAUUUAUAUAUAUCAAAAUUUUAUACAAGAAAAUGGUAUGUUCACUUUAAUGAAGGAGGAAGUGAAUGGGUAUUUUUUAUUUUUGUUCGUCUUGUUCAUGCCUUUUCAUGUUUAUUAUAUGGUUUAGCUGCAUAUUUAUUAGAAGUCUAUCAUGAUGAAGGAGCUGGAGAUUUACAUGCAUAUAUAAAUGGUGUUAUUUUUGCAUUUGCAGGAUUGACAGAAAUAUUUGUGAUAUUUUGCAACUCUGGUAGUUUUUCCAAUUUAUUGUUGUGGUUAGCCUUGGCAGCUGUUUCCUUAUGGUCUUAUUACUUUGAACCAGAAGUAAAUCACGUAUCACCGGCAUUACAUGAAACAGAAUUAACAAAUGAUGUAGAACAACAAGUAGAGAAGUUUUCACGAUAUACUCCUUAUACACAAGAACAAAAUCAAAAUGCAUAUUACCCUGCAUAA